AGCUGCUGCCGCUCAUUGGCGGCUGCUGGACGUUCGCGGCUCCAGUUAUAUUUGCACGAGUUUCUGGUUCCCUCAGUUUUCAACUGUUGGCCUUUUUUUUUGUCUGUGUUACUUAAUGUGAAGCGAACCCGACCUUAUUUUUAUUUUUCCUCUCGGGAGCUGAAUUUUCAGUGUGUUUUGCGGCAAGUUCCAGAUCUCGAAGUUUUAUUCAAUUAAAGAGAAAAUUGGGAAGGAGCCAAAGUUCCGAAUUCCAGAAUUAUGAGUAAUGUGUGAAGCAGGUUCUGGCUUGAGUUGUGCAGUAGGCAAUCCCUCGGGAUUAAGGAUGGCUUGCUUUCAUUCCAGUUUGAUAAACUCUGAGAUGGCUUAAAUCCAAUUCGUGACUCUACCACAUCCGGGGCAGGUGGUACCUGAAGGGUUCGGUAGAUGAGUUGUUUGGAGGACGUCCCAAAGUGUUUUCUGGCGAAUGAAGUAUUUCAGAAGUGUGGUGACUAUUGUAAUGUGGGAAAUACUGCUGAGGUCUCGUGAACAGCACAGCAAUAAAUGAUCAGGAUGAAAUUAUAAGAGUCACAGAAACAGGACUCCUCUUCACAUAACCCGAAGUGAUGCUUGCUGUUGAUAUGAAAGGGACCAAAACAAUUUUGAGUUGAAUUGCACAAUACUAAUUUGGUGGUUCCAGAGAACAUCCAGACGAACAUCAUCAUGAAUAGUGAUGGGCAAAGCAUUGCAGUGCCACAGAAAUUAUCAAGCCCCAGCCAGAGUUCCAGCAGCUCUUUUAGACCAGAUAUUCGACAGGACAGCUGGGAGAUUGUGGAAGGACUUCGAGAUAGUAUGAGUAAUAUCCAAGAACCACAGAAGCAGGAAGGCUACUUGCUGAAGAAGAGAAAGUGGCCUCUCAAAGGUUGGCAUAAGCGAUACUUCUUUUUAGAUAAAGGGAUCAUGAAGUACUCAAAAUCUCAGGCUGAUAUUGAGAAAGGAAAACUUCAUGGAUGCAUUGAUGUGGGGCUGUCUGUGAUGUCGAUAAAGAAGAAAACAAAACGCAUUGAUCUGGAUACCGAAGAGCAUAUAUAUCAUUUGAAGGUAAAAUUCCAGGAGUCUUUUGAUGAUUGGGUAGCAGAGUUGCGUCAUCACAGACUAUACCGCCAAAAUGAAAUUGCCAAGUUUCCACAUGAUGUGGCUAAUCACUUCUUCACAAUCUCGUCUGCCGCAGACUCAUCACCGAGCUCUUUGGACUCCCCUUCUUUCAGAAAGUUGCAGAGGGGCAGUCUAACCAAACAACUGUCGUUCCAAAGUAGCCCAACUUUUCCUCUUGCUUAUGCCAGCAGCCAGUCGAAGGUGGCAGCGUGGUUGCAAAGCUCUGAAGAUAUAGAUAAAUGUUCAAGAGAUCUUUUUCAGUGUCAUUCCAGUUUAACAGAAUUGACCAAGCUUUUACAGAACAUGGAGGUUAUUCAUAGGACAUACUCAGCACCAACUAUAAAUGCUAUUCAGGGAUAUGUCCUUGAAAGUCCCAAAAAGGAAAAACGUCUUCCGAGAAGGUGGCGCACCAAAAGUUUUGGCAAAGAAGCUAAAUCAACACUACAGGUUCCUUCCAUCUCAGCCAGCCCAAUGCGACUGCAUGCAUCAAAUCCUAACCUGUCUGAGGUAUUUUAUGCAGAAACAAAACCUUUUUCAGAUGGUUCAGACCUGCCUUCAGAUUAUUCAAAACUGCAAGAAGAUUUCUGCCACAUUGCCCAAGAAGUUCACUCUGCUUUAAAUUCGGUGUUCAAUUCACUGAUAAUUGAAAAGGAAAAAUUCAAACAAAUGAUAUCAGAACAUGAUGCUUGCCGCUCACCAUCUCCACAGAUCAUUGGCCUGAAGACUGCCUUAGCCUCGCAGCAAGACCUCGUUCAAGUAACUAACCCUUUGGUCCAUCAACUCUCAAAUGAAAGCAGAGUUUCUCGAGCAGACUCUCUCUCCGAAUUCUUCGAUGCUCAGGAAGUCUUGUUGUCUGCAAGCUCAUCAGAGAAUGAGGCCUCGGAUGAUGAUUCAUAUGUCAGUGACAUAAGUGACAAUAUUUCAGAGGAUAACUUGAGCACCGAUGCAGAGCCUAAUGCUCAGAAUAUAUGCAAUGCCCAAAAUGGUACAAGUCACCAUGCUAGAAGAAGAUCCUGCCUGCCAGCUCCAGGACCAAAUAAUAGUAAUAUAAGCUUGUGGAAUAUUCUAAGGAAUAACAUAGGGAAAGAUCUUUCCAAGGUUUCCAUGCCGGUUCAGUUAAAUGAACCAGUGAACACAUUGCAGCGCCUCUGUGAAGAACUGGAAUACAGUGAGCUACUGGAUAAGGCAUCUCAGACAGAUGACCCAUUUGAACGAAUGGUUUUUGUAGCAGCCUUUGCGGUUUCAGCAUAUGCAUCUUCAUAUUACAGAGCUGGAAGUAAGCCAUUUAACCCAGUUCUAGGGGAGACAUAUGAAUGUGUGAGAAAAGAGCAAGGCUUCCGGUUUAUUGCUGAACAGGUCAGUCACCAUCCUCCAAUAUCUGCAUGCCAUGCUGAAUCAAAAAACUUCACUUUUUGGCAAGAUGUGAGGUGGAAGAACAAGUUCUGGGGAAAAUCAAUGGAAAUUGUUCCAGUUGGCACAAUUCAUGUAACUCUACCAUCAUAUGGAGACCAUUAUGAGUGGAAUAAAGUAACCUCUUGUGUACACAAUAUUUUGAGUGGACAGAGAUGGAUAGAACACUAUGGAGAGAUUCUCAUAAAAAAUAGAAAUAGCAGCAUUUGCCAAUGCAAAUUGACAUUUGUGAAGGCAAAAUAUUGGAAUACAAAUGUUGAUGAGGUUGAAGGGACAAUAAUGGGCCAAAAUGGAAAAGUAGAAAAUCGAUUGUUUGGGAGAUGGCAUGAAGGUAUAUAUUGUGGAACACCCCCAUCAGCCACCUGCAUCUGGAGACCAAAUGCCAUGCCGAAAGACUUUGAGCAGUACUAUGGUCUCACGAAAUUUGCACUAGGAUUAAAUGAAAUGGAAGCUGAUGAAAAGUUAUACCUGCCACGCACUGAUACAAGAUUUAGACCUGACCAAAGAUACCUGGAAGAAGGUAACAUAGAGGCUGCCGAAUCGCAAAAAGAAAGAAUUGAACAACUUCAAAGAGAAAGGAGGAGAAUUCUUGAAGAAAAUAACAUGAUGUAUCAACCUCUAUUUUUUAGACAAUCUCGUGAAGGUGGAAAGGAAUUGUGGGUGAGCACAGGAACCUACUGGGAACUUCGGAAAAAUCCAGGUUUUGACAAGCUUGAUAAUCCAAUACUUUGGUGACAUUGCAACACUUUAUUUCAUUCUUUGCUCCAUGACUCAUAAUUUAUUUAUUACUAUCAUCUCUGGACCAUCUGUAAUCUUCAUAUAUAGUUAGUUAUAUCUCUCUUUAUUCUAAAUUUGUAAAGGUAUUAAAACAUGUACAGACUGGGUUGAUGCCUUAACAAAACUGCGGAUUCUAAAACCCAUAAAAUAAUAUUUAAGCACUGCAGGGUUUGGUUAUUUACAAGAAAUUUAGCACAAACAGUAGUUGUAUAAUAUAUGCAAAUAUAUAAUGUAUUUAUUGCUUGCAAAGAGUCUCUAAAUAAACUUGUAUCAAGAUGAU